AUGCGCUUCUGCAACGUAAGUAGAUUUCCAGAUUUCCUGAAAGCCCAAGAUGGGCUGUUUUACCUUGAUCUUUCAGGCAACAAAAUAGAUGGUCGUACGCCCAGUUGGAUAUGGAAGAUGAACCUUCAGUAUCUGAAUAUUUCUCACAAUUUCUUAUAUGCUUUGGAUGAAUUUCUUCCUAAUAUGUCUACCCCGUUGCAAACUCUUGAUCUUCGUGCCAGCCUGCUUCAAGGAUCUCUCCCUAAGGCAAUAUGCAAUUUGAGCUGUCUGUCUAUCUUUGAUGCUUCUGAUAACAAACUAAGCGGCUUGAUCCCGGAAUGUCUCGGAAAAAUUGGCACUCUUUCUGUUUUGAACGUCAAAGGGAACAACUAUCGGUGUUUCCCUCCAGAUUUUGCUCUAGCAAGCAGUCUUCGGUCACUGAAUAUCAAUGGCAAUCGAUUGGAAGGAGAGUUGCCAAGGUCGAAGAUAUCUGGUAUACGAAUUUUGGAGGGCGGGGCAGAAAGCCUGGAAGAAGAUCAAAAAAUGGCCGCAGGAUCAGCUGGAAACCCUCUGGCCAAAGAACUCCCACUCUCUGAAUCAGGCAUUUCAGAGUCUACUCUCAGCAUUACUGUUGUUGGUGCUUCAGGGGACAUUGCAAAGAAGAAGAUCUUUCCAGCGCUAUUUGCUUUUUUUAAGGAGGAUUGGCUGCCUGAGAACUUUACAGUUUUUGAUUAUGCGUGGACUAAAAUGACUGAUGAGGAGCUGAGAGACAUGAUUAGCAAAACCUUAACUUGCAGGGUUGAUAAGAGUUGUAAAUGUGGGAAAGGGCUCGCUGGGAAAAUUGUGAUGACAAAAUGGAUCAGUUUCUGAAAAGAUGCUUUUAUCACUCGGGUCUUUAUAACUCUGAAGAGAAUUUAUCGGAAUUGGACAGCAAGAUAAAAAUGAAAGAGG